AUUACAAACUAUUCCUCUUCAAGACAAGAGAGAGCAGGGUGCUAAGAAGUAAGAGGGGAGGGAGGUAGAAAGCUAACAUGGCCUUGGCUGCCGUGGGACUUUUGAUUGGCAGGAUAGUUUCCGCCCUUGAGAACGAAGCAUCGUUGAUUGGAGGAGUACAAGAUGAACUCAUCCAACUCAACCAUGAAUUAACAAGCAUGAGAGCUUUUCUGGAGGAUGCCGAUAAAACAACAAUCCAAACUGAAGGAGAGAAGACUUGGGAGGCCAAUACUUGGGUGGCCAAUGUUAGAGACUUGGCCUACGAGGUUGAAGAUAUCAUAGACGAAUACAUGUAUUACAUGAACAAGCAAAAAGUAUGUGGUAAAUUCACAAGGUUCCUCCGUCAGAUAGUCUACGCCCCAAAGAAUCUAUGGGUGAGGCAUCGAAUAGCCACAAAGUUACAGAAGAUCAACAGCAUGAUCAAAGCCAUCCCAGAAAGAAACCGAUGUUAUGGGGUCGAUCGUGUAGGAGAAGCAAGCUCAAGCUCCCAAGACCAUCAGAGUCGGCUGUCAAACCUCAGCGAGUCUUCUCUAUUUUUUAAAGAUGAUGAUCUAGUGGGGAUCGAAGAUGGAAAGAAACAACUAUUGGACUGGUUGGUGGACAAAGAAGAAUCACAACGCACGGUUAUUUCAGUGGUGGGGAUAGGUGGUUCAGGUAAGACUACUCUGGUUGCCCAGGCCUACAACAGCCGAAUUGUCAAGAGACAAUUCGAUUGCUAUGCAUGGAUAACUGUAUCCCAAAAAUUUGUAGUUGACGACUUACUUAGAAGCAUGAUUAAAGAAUUCUACGGUGGUGCCAAGGAAGCAAUUCCAGUGGAUUUAAGCAGUCUGAGCUAUAGAGAGCUCAUAGAGAUGAUUACGAACUUCUUACGGUUGAAAAGGUACGUAAUUGUCUUUGAUGAUGUAUGGAGUAGUAACCUCUGGAGGGAUAUACAUGUAUCACUUCUUGAUGAAGGACUAGGAAGUCGGGUCAUACUUACAACCCGAAAAGAAGACGUAGCUUCAUCUUCUUUUAGGGUAAAAAGUCAUGUCCAUUAUAUCAAAUUGUUGGGUGCAAGUGAUGCGUGGAACCUCUUUUGUAUGAAAGCUUUUUCAAGCAAUCCAAAUAGAUGUUGUCCUCAACAUCUCAAAACCUUAGCUCAAGACCUAGUUGCAAAAUGUAAAGGGCUUCCUCUUGCAAUUGUAGCUUUGCGGGGUGUCAUGUCUUCUAAAUAUCUGGAGUCGGAAUGGAGAAAUAUUUAUAGUAGCUUGAGCUGGGAAUUGAGCAACAACCCUGGGCUAGAAGUUGUGAAAACUAUAUUGUUGCUUAGCUUCAAUGAUUUGCCAUACCGACUAAAGUGUUGCUUCUUAUAUUGUUGUCUUUUCCCGGAAGAUUAUAAGAUUAAACGAAAGAGGCUCAUUAGACUUUGGAUGGCAGAAGGGUUCGUAGAAAAGGUGAGGGGGAGAACACCAGAGGAGGUAGCAGAAAGCUACCUUAUGGAGCUUAUUUGCCGAAGCAUGCUUCAAGUUGUAGUCAGAAACCAAUUUGGAAGGCCAAAAAGAUGUAAGAUGCAUGAUCUUAUGCGUGAGCUCGCAAUUUCUACAUCUGAAACAGAGAAGUUUUGUGUUGCAUAUUAUGGGCGAGAGGCAAAUGAUGAAGAAAGUGCAACAAAUCGUCGCAUGUCGAUUCAAUCAAUCGAUAGAGAAUUACAAUCGUGGAACUGGAAGGGCAUGAUGAAGCUUCGGUCUCUUCUUGUAUUUGUUGUUGAGGAGAUAGCAUUGCCACUAGGCUUACGAUUGUUAAGAGUAUUGGAUCUUGAGAAUGCACCGAUCGAAGUAUUGCCCGAAGAACUAGUGGAUCUAUUCAAUUUAAGAUACUUGAACUUGAAACGAACUAGGGUGAAGGAACUUCCAAAAUCCAUUGGAAGACUCUUCAACCUAAACACUCUAGACAUUACUGACUCCAAAAUAGAAGUGCUUCCAGCUGGAAUCACAGAGUUGCAAAAUUUGCGACAUCUAAUGAUGAACCACUUUGAGUAUGGAAUUUUGGAUGGCUUUUAUUUUAGUCGUGGGACGACAACACCAUCUAAUAUUUGCAAGCUAAAAAGCUUGCAAGUUUUGACAGGUGUAGAACCACCAGCAGACUUGAUGAAGCGAAUCAAGAGCAUGACACAACUUAAAAGGAUUGGAUUCACAAACAUGAGAGAAGUAGACGAGGAGGACUUGUGUACUGCAAUCCAAAAUAUGAGUCUCCUUCGUCGCUUGUCUGUGAGGAUGAUUGAUGAGGAUGAAUACCUACGAAUGGAUGCACUCUCCUCACCUCCUCGUUACCUCAAGAAGCUCGCUUUAGUUGGAAAAUUGGAGAAAGUGCCUUGUUGGUUUCACUCACUUCAAAACCUUACUGCUUUGUCAUUGGGAUGGUCCAGACUAACAGAAGACCCUAUUCCAUACAUUCAAGCACUUCCGAAUUUGGGACGGUUAGCCCUUUGUAAUGCAUAUGAAGGAGGAGGACAAUUAUGCUUUAGUGAAGGGUUCCAUAAACUUAGAAUAUUGUGCUUGUGGAAUUUCCCUCAGUUAAAUGAGAUUAUUAUAGAGAGGGGGGUGAUGCCAGGUCUCCAAGAAUUUAAUAUUUGGAGAUGUAUGCAGUUGAAGAUACUACCUCAUGGCAUCGAGUAUCUCGAAGAUCUCCAAGAAUUGGAUUUGAUGUUUGUUACGAAUGAGCUCAUAGAAUGCAUACGUGGAGAAGGGAGCAAGGAUCACCAAAAGGUUCAGCAUAUUCCGCGCGUAUACCAUCGGAAGCAGACACCAGAUGGACCGAAAUACGAACUAUUAUCUCGUUCCACAGGUUUCUAGCUUGCUAAAGAGGAUGAAGAACUAAACAUAGUGACCAGUUCACUUGAUUAACAAAAAGACAAGUGCCCCAGUCAUCUAUCUUACAUGCUUGCUUGCUUUCCAUCAAGGAGGACAUGGUGAAUGUUUAGCUUUGAAAUUUCAUGUGUAUGAGAUGAAGAUUUCUUCAGGCAACCAGCAACUUUAAUUAGCUUGUGGCUAUAUGCAGAGAGUUUAGACAGAACAUUUAGUGUUGUGGUGGUGAAUGAUUUUCGGUGUUAGUGUUGUGGUUGUGGUGUUGCUGACGGAUUUUUGGUGUCAAAUUCGUGCAGUUCGGAGUUUUCUGAGCUUUAUAUAUGGUGGUGCCUCAUUGUUGUCUUGAGUGAUGGUUAGAGUUGCUCAAGUGUUGUUUGGAAUUGCUGAUAUUUUCUUCUUUGUAGUUGUGUCGGAUAUUUGCUGUCAAAUUCGUGUAGUUCGGAGUUUUCUGAGCUUUAUGGUGGUGCUUCAUUGUUGUCUUGAGUGAUGGUCAGAGUUGCUCGAGUGUUGUUUGGAAUUGCUGGAAUUUUCUUCUUUGUAGUUGUGUUUUUUUUGCAGUGUGUUGUGGCCUGCUGUUGGAGUGGGGUUGAUUUUGUUUGGUGAUUCACCUUGUCUUUAAAAGGGUUGUUUGGUGUUGUGUCUUGCCAAGUUUGUUUGGCUUGGCCUGAGUUUGGUUUUAUGUUUUGCUUGAUGCGUAUGCCGUUCUAGUUGGAAUGUGCAUCAUUUAUUGAUAUAAUUUUGUUGUACUGCUUGUACAACAUUAUUCAUGAAUAAAAUAUUUUAUUUUGCCUUU